AUUCCGCGCUUUGUUUACAACUGCGAAGCUUCAGUGGCGGAAGUUUCAGGGUGGACUUUAUGACCUGGUUCGCUCCCGAAACGUUUUUUUUUAUCGCUGCAUGUCGCUGAUUCGCAAACCCCUUCAGCGAUGCUGUGUGCAGCUACAGGAGGCGGAGCCAACGGCUGCGGCGUGAUCGCGGUGUUAACCGCCACAGAGAUCUGAUCCUCCAUGUCUCGACGGAGUCACGGAGACGAGGCGAGGCAGCCGCUGCUCGGCUCUCAGUCAGAGGACCCGGACAGAGACCCAGAAAACCACGGUGAUGCUCCCUCUGAGAGCAGUCCAGACUCCACUGAUGACCGGAGCGGUGACCAGCCGAAGCUGAACUAUGAGGAGGCUGUGGAGGAAGCAGGGUUCGGUCUGUUCCAUGGCCUGCUGUUGCUGGUGUGUGGCUGGGCCAAUGCCAGUGAUGCAGUGGAGAUACUGUGUGUGUCCUUCUUGCUGCCUACGGCCCGCUGUGACCUGCAGCUCAGCUCUGCAGAUAUGGGAUUACUCACUGCCAGCAUAUUCCUCGGAAUGAUGCUGGGUGGGUAUAUGUGGGGGUAUCUGGCUGAUCAGAGAGGCCGUCAGAGGGUGCUGGUCAUUUCGCUGGCAGUGAACGGGACAUUUGGUGCGGUGGCUAGUUUAGCCCCGAGCUUCUGGCUGUUCCUGCUGCUGCGGUUCCUCAGUGGAGUGGGUGUGGGCGGAUCCAUCCCAGUUAUCUUCUCCUACUUCUCAGAGUUCCAGCCGAAGCUGCACAGAGGGGCCAUGAUCAGUGCUCUUGCCACUUUCUGGAUGGCUGGAAACAUUUUAGCAGCAGGUGCAGCCUGGUUAGUCAUCCCCAGAACAUUUCUGCACGUUGAGCUGGGCUGGUUGGAUUUCCAGAGCUGGAGAUUGUUUGUGGUGCUGUGUUCCAUCCCCAGCCUCACCUCAGCCUUCAUCUUCAGUCUGGCCAUGCCUGAGAGCCCCCGCUUCCUCAUGGAGGCUGGAAUGGAGGAAGAGGCGCUGACUGUGUUCCAGCUGAUGUACAAACUUAACCACAGAGGAAGCCGCAAACCUUUCCCAGCGUCUGGGCUACUCAUUAACCGUAAAGAUGAUGAGGAUGAAGUGGAACCAUUCAGAACGCGUAGAUGCUUUGAACAUCUAACCUGUUCUUUUAAACGGGGACUGGCUCCAAUCAAACAGCUGUUUGUUAGUCCCUUGUUGUCCAGGAGCAUUGCCCUGCUAAUCAUUUUCUACUGCAUAUCAUUUGGGUACUAUGGUUUGUGGAUGUGGUUUCCUGAGCUCUUCAAGAGAGCUGAAGAUGGAGGUUCUCCGUGUGCCAAUAUGUCUCGACCUCAAAGUCAAAAGAAUGAGAGCUGCUAUCCAGUAAAAACUGCAGUUUAUAUGGAGGGUUUUGUGACGGCAGCCUCUAACCUGCCUGGAAACAUCUUCACCAUCCUGCUGAUGGACAUAGUGGGAGGGAAGAUCCUCCUCGCUGGGAGUCUGCUGGUGUCCAGCGUGAGCGUAUUCCUGAUUUAUGUAGUGAAGACUAAAGGCCAGAGUCUCUUAAUGUCCUGUGUGUUCAGUGGGGUCUCUGUCAUCUCCUGGAACGCUCUGGAUGUAGCGGGUACUGAGCUUUACCCCACACAGUUACGCUCCUCUGCAUUGGGCUUCUUCACUGGAGUAGGCCGAGUGGCAGCAAUCAUGGGAAAUGUAGUUUUUGGCCAGUUGGUGGACACCAACUGUUCAGUGCCUAUACUGGUGGUAUCAGCUUUGCUGCUGGCUGGGGGUCUAGCAUCUCUACAGUUACCUCAAACCAAACAGACAGAUUUAACAUGAAACACAGGCACAGUUAACAUGAGACAAAACACAUACACAGACUUACCAAACACACCUGAACAAACAUGAAGGCUGAAUGAACACUAGUCAGUUUAAAAGCCUGUGCCUCCAGCCAGACCUAACAAACAGAACUUUAUUGGAACACAAGAAUUUGCUUGCAGCUUGCCUUGAUUUCUAGGCGGAUCUUUUGAUUGGCCUUAUUGAACCAUCAAACAUCUUCCCUUUGAGAAAGAGGAAAGGAUGUUUCAAAUAGAGAUGCACCAUUCAAGAUUUUUUAAAUGGACAGUUGUGAUUCUGGUUUCCAAAUUGGCUGAUUUUUAUUAGCCUUUUUUAAUCUGAAGCUCACACUGUGUGGGGUUCCAGCACUUUUACUUAUUGGCCAAACUUGCAUAAUAAACAUAAAUAUUUACUCUUUAAGGGCAUUGGCAUUUACAUUUUUUUUAAAUAACAUAAACCUAUUAAACCACUACAUCAAAAGUAAGGCAAUUGGCUGUUUAACACAAUGACUCAUGUAAUGAUGCUACGACAGAUGGUACAGAUGUAGCAGCAACAUUCAAAUACAACACAAGUGCACUUACCUGACUCAUGUUAUUUAUUUACCUCAUAAAAUUGCAACACAAAUCAGCCAAAAUAAAAACAAUAAAUUGUCUGAUUGCCGAUUUCAUGUUUUUAGCAUGUUGGAUUCCAGUCUUGGCCGAUUUUGGUGCAUCUGUAGUUUCAGAUAUGUAAUUUCAAUCACAUCGCUAAUAACAUAUCCUCACAAACACAACCCAGAACCAAACUUUAGGUAAGUUACAGCAGUCAUUUAGACCUUUUUCUGCCUCUCAUGUUGGACCAAGCAGGUUCCAGUCUAUUAGUAAAAUAAAGUGGGAUUGAGUUGGUGGCUGGAACUGAGACCAGUCUGAAAUGCACAUCUUGCAGCCAAGACCAAAGCCUUCAUUCGGUCUCACAAAGACAACUCGUUUUGCAUCGCUGUCCAUCGGUGUCUUAUAACUUUGCAUUGCACAAAUGCACUAAAUCUAGUUUAGAUUAUGAAUGCUGAAUUUACUUUUAUAUGAUAAUUAAUAAUGGGCAUUUUUUUGGAUAAUAAAACAUACAACAAUGAUGUUCUUAAUUGUACUGCAUUGUUACAAUAAAAGAUGUACCAGGGUGCUAAAAACUGA